CCCCCUUUUCUAUUUAAAAGGAAACAAGAAAAAGCAACCCGCUCUCCUCUCCCCUCCCCCCCUUCAGUUUCUCUCUGAUGAAAAUGGAUCCGGAUUUGCUAAUGACUCUUUCCGAUCCAGGGACCAAACCGGAUCGAGAGACGCUGCUGACGCUGGGGCCCCUCCAGAAUGGGAAAUACCUCCUCCUGGAGCAGAAGAGAGGACCGGCUUUGCCCAGCCCCGAACUCGUGCUGCUUUCCCGGGAAACAACCGCGGGAAACACCGCCUUGAUCUUGCCCGGAACAGGGGACAUAAAAAAGCCUUUGGCCCUGGAGCGGGUCCUGAACGGGAUGAAGCUCGGUGAGAUGGAGCGCCGCCAAGCCUUGUUCCCCGACGGCCCCCUUGAAUUUUUGUACCGCGUGGAGAAGGAGCCGGAGGAGGUGGACCGGGAGGCCCAGGAGCCAAUCAGCGACGGAGAAACCGGUUCAGGUGUGGGCGAUAACAGUAAUCCGGAUAGCCCUGGGGAGGGUUUGGAUUUGAGGCUUGUUCCUGUCCGUGAUGGGUUGGCCUUGGAGGAAAGCACAGCGUUGAGGGAAGAGGAGCAGUUGGUCUCCUGCUCCUUUAGCCAGGCUGAGUCUCCAGUUCCUCAGGAUUUACAACCGGUUGUAGAGGAGUGGAGUGAAGGAAAACCCUUUCUACAACCCCAGGAGCCUGUGGAAGGUGGGGAACCCUUGAUCUUGGCUGGUGAGCCUUCUCAAGAGGAGGAGGAGGUGGAGGAGGAGGAGGAAGGCCCCUUAGACAGAGGCCUCGCAAGCACCCCUUGGACUAAAGAUAUGGAUAGCUGUGACUCUCAGAAGUGCCCGCAGAGCCCUUUGCUGCGGCCUUUGGAUUUGGCUCUUGCUCCCCAAAUUGGCACGGGAGUGGACCUCUUUCCUGCUUUCCACUCUCCCAAUAAUCUCAGCCCACACCUUGAAUUUGGGCACACUGAACACAUAGAGGAUGACUCUCCAAGUUCUCCAGAUGAUGCUCCCCGGCUCCGAGCUGUCUUUGAUGCCCUGGACCGUGAUGGUGAUGGAUUUGUCCGGAUAGAGGAGUUUGUCCAGUUUGCUACAGUUUAUGGAGCAGAGCAGGUGAAAGACCUGACCAAGUUCUUGGACCCAGCCGGGCUUGGAGUGAUCAGCUUUGAAGACUUCUAUCGAGGAAUCUCAGCUAUCAGGAACGGAGCAGUUCCUGACAGCCAGCUCUGCACUAUGGGAUAUGCCCAUGAUGAAUCACCAUCCGCCUGUCCUGAUGAGUUUGAUGACUUCGUCACAUUUGAGGCAAAUGAAGUGACAGACAGUGCGUACAUGGGCUCAGAGAGCACCUAUAGCGAGUGUGAGACUUUCACGGACGAAGACACCAGCACGCUGGUGCAUCACGAGAUGCAUGAUGAAGUAGAAACGGAUAGCGCGAUUGAUUCCACUGUGCACUCGGAGUUCACGGACCCCAUCGAGGAGCCUGAGAAUGGAUCUCACCCUCAUGACCUGCCUUUGACCUCGGACAUUAACAAUCACUCCAUCGUCACCGUAAUUAGCGGGGAGGAGCACUUUGAGGACUACGGGGAAGGGAAUGAGGUGGAUCUCUUCUCAGACAGCUUGUGCAACGGAGAAAGUGGCUUCAGCAGUUCAUCCUUCCUCUCUCCCAGCACCAACCCACUUGCGGCGAAACUGCACAGCAUUAUCACUGACGAGGCGUUUGAGUUUUACUGUACCCAGUGCCACAAACAAAUCAACCGCCUCGAGGACCUGUCUGCUCGCCUAAAUGAUCUUGAAAUGAAUAGUCCAAAUAAGAGGCUCUCAAGCAAGAAGGUAGCCAGGCACCUUCACCAGACAGGAACUCUCCCUCUGGAUGUCAUGGAGGAACCCUUCCGGAACAACAUCGAAUGCCUGGAAGAGGACAUCACUGAUAAGGUGAUCUUCCUAGAGAAAAGAGUGACAGAGCUGGAAAAGGACACGGUGGCAAAUGGGGAGCAGCACAGCCGCUUAAAGCAGGAAAACCUACAACUGGUGCACAGAGCGAACGCCCUGGAGGAGCAGCUGAAAGAGCAGGAGCUGAAAUCGGAUGAGGUCCUCAUGGAUGAAAUCCGGAAACAGCGGGAGCUGCUGAGCAAGAUGGAGCGGGAGAAGAGCAUUGAGAUCGAGAACCUCCAAGCCCGGAUACAACAGCUGGAUGAUGAGAACGGCGAACUUCGGUCCUGUGUCCCUUGCCUGAGAGCCAAUAUUGAGAGGCUAGAGGAGGAGAAGCAGAAGUUGCUGGAUGAGAUAGAAGACCUCACAAUGCAGCUCAAUGAGGAGCAGGAGAACAAGAGGAAGUUGGGAGACAAGCUGACCCACGAGAGGCACCAGUUCCAAAAGGACAAGGAAUCUACCCAGGAGUUGAUUGAGGACCUCAGGAAACAACUGGAGCACCUGCAGCUCUUCAAGCUGGAAGCAGAACAGCGAAGGGGCAGGAGCAGCAGCAUAGGCCUCCAGGAAUACAACAGCCGGACGCGGGAGACAGAACUGGAACAAGAGAUCAGGCGGCUCAAGCAGGAUAACCGGAACUUGAAGGAACAGAAUGACGAGCUGAAUGGGCAGAUCAUAAACCUCAGUAUUCAAGGCGCCAAGAACCUCUUCUCUGCUUCCUUCUCUGAAUCUCUGGCUGCAGAAAUCAGCUCCGUCUCCAGAGAUGAGCUAAUGGAGGCGAUUCAGAAACAAGAAGAGAUCAAUUUCCGGCUCCAGGACUACAUUGACCGGAUCAUUGUGGCCAUCAUGGAAACCAACCCAUCCAUCCUGGAGGUCAAGUAGGAGGCUGAGAACUGCGGUCCUGAGUGACACUUGGGUGCAGUGCAAUUUGCUGCUCUUGAGGAGAUGCUGGCAAGUCUUGGCUCUUCUGCAAAGAGGGCGCAGGAAGCCUCACGUCAUGAAAUUGGUUAGGUGGUGGAACCUGGUGGACUUGUGGGAGAGAGAGACGGAUAUUGAGCCUGGCUGCGCUGACUCCAGUGGGUUUUGGAGCCCUUAUGACUCACGAGGGUUGGGUGGGGGUGGGCAAAAG